AUGUUUUCCCGUGUUGAAUUUCGACCUGGUUAUCCGGACGCCUCAUGCCAAAAUAAACAACUUUCAGCCAUUACAAAAUUAAAUCUUGCUAUUGCAGGAACGCCGGGUACCGAAUUUUACCCUGGCUUCCAACCAGAGUCAAAUGAAAUACAAUUUGUAAAACAUCGUAUAUCAGCUGCGUAUAAUUCUGAACUUUUAACAUUGCUAGACUCACGAUGUAUUAAAACAGUCGUUUUGGCUGGAUUAUCUACAUCGGGUGUUAUUUUAUCAACUACACGUCAAUUGGCCGAUAUGGAUUUUCGUAUUUAUAUUUUACAAGAUGCUGUUAUUGAUUCAAAUUCAACUGUUCAUGAUGUUUUACUGCAUUCAGUUCUUUCAAGCCAAGCUAAUAUAAUAACGGUCGAUGCAGCUAAAAACAUGUUAUAA